GACGAGGCCACACGUGCGAAAGAGCGAAGUCUAGAACUUUUUAUGGUUUUAGCAACCAACAGGAAAACUCUGGCAGUUGGCAAUUAACUGAACUAGUUUGUGUACUUCUUCUUCUGCCUAAGAAAUAUCGAAACACUCCCACGCGCUCUCUCACACGCUCGCGUACACUUCUUUUUUCUCAUAGACGACGAUCUCUUCUAUGCUCUCUCUACCUUCUUCCUUCAUUCCCUUCUGACUCCACCCCUCUUCAUCUUUGGAUCUCUCUGGCAUUUUCUUCUUUGAGUAACAGGAUCGAGAGAUCUGUUAUUUUAGAGCUGAAGAAUGGCUUCAAUGUCUCAUUCAUCCAUAGCAUUGUGUGGAGCCUCUGCUUCUGCUUCUGACUACUUGCGUAGCUCAACCAACGGUGUCACUGGUGGUGUCUCAUUGAGAACCCUAGGAAGAAGAGCAAUGGUUACAUCCACCAAAAGCAGCAACAACCUGUACGUGACAGCUCGGCUCAAGAAAGGAAAAAAGUUCGAUCACCCCUGGCCUUCCAACCCUGACCCAAACGUCAAAGGAGGAGUCUUGUCUUACCUCUCCACUUUCAAACCCUUGGGUGACACACAAAAGCCUGUCACUCUUGAUUUCGAGAAGCCACUCGUCGAACUCGAGAAGAAGAUUCUCGAUGUGAGGAAGAUGGCCGCUGAAACUGGUUUGGACUUCACUGAUCAGAUCAUCACUUUGGAAACCAAGUAUAGACAGGCACUGAAAGAUCUUUACACGCACCUCACUCCCAUACAGCGUGUGAACAUUGCAAGACAUCCCAACCGUCCUACCUUCCUUGAUCAUAUACAUAACAUCACUGACAAGUUUAUGGAGCUUCAUGGAGACCGGGCGGGUUAUGAUGAUCCAGCCAUUGUGACUGGUAUUGGAACCAUAGAUGGGAAAAGAUACAUGUUCAUCGGUCACCAGAAAGGUAGAAACACCAAAGAAAAUAUAAUGCGUAACUUUGGGAUGCCUACUCCUCAUGGUUACAGGAAGGCGUUACGGAUGAUGUAUUACGCAGACCAUCACGGUUUCCCCAUUGUGACAUUCAUCGACACUCCUGGAGCUUAUGCAGACCUUAAAUCCGAGGAAAAAGGACAGGGUGAAGCGAUUGCAAACAAUCUGAGGACAAUGUUCGGUCUGAAAGUUCCUAUUAUUUCUAUUGUCAUUGGAGAAGGUGGUUCUGGUGGUGCCUUGGCCAUUGGCUGUGCUAAUAAAAUGCUGAUGCUCGAAAACGCUGUUUUCUAUGUUGCCAGUCCAGAGGCAUGUGCAGCGAUCUUGUGGAAUAGUUCCAAGGCUGCUCCUGAGGCUGCUGAAAAGCUUAGAAUUACCUCCAAGGAGCUGGUUAAGCUUAACGUAGCUGAUGGAAUCAUACCUGAACCUCUUGGUGGCGCUCAUGCUGAUCCUUCAUGGACGUCGAAGCAGAUAAAGAUUGCUAUCAAUGAAAACAUGAAUGAGUUUGGAAAAAUGAGUGGGGAGGAGCUGGUGAAGCACAGGAUGGCCAAGUACAGAAAGAUUGGAGUGUUCAUUGAGAAUGCUCCCGUAGAGCCGGAGAAGAAAGUCAACAUGAAGAGGAGAGACGAUAUGGUCUCCACUAGCAGGAAGCUGGAGGGGGAAGUUGAGAAGCUAAAGGAACAGAUUCUGAAAGCCAAGGAGACUUCUUCAGAGGACCAGCCUUCCAGUGAAGUUCUUAACGAGAUGAUUAAGAAACUCAAGUCAGAGAUCGAUGAUGAGUACACUGAAGCUGCAAGAGCAAUGGGUUUGGAGGAGAGAUUAGCAGCAAUUCGUGGAGAGUUCUCGAAAGCUAGUGCUGAGGAGCAUCUUGUGCACCCUAUUCUGAUAGAGAAGAUUGAGAAGCUCAAGGAAGAGUUCAGUACUCGUUUGAGUGAAGCGCCUAACUACGAGAGCCUAAGAUCUAAGCUUGACAUGCUAAGAGACUUUUCAAGAGCCAAGGCAGCUUCAGAAGCUGCUUCGGUUAAAAAUGAGAUCAAUAAGCGGUUUCAAGAAGCUGUGGACCGCCCUGAAGUCAGAGAGAAGGUUGAGGCAAUCAAAGCCGAAGUUGCAAGCUCAGGAGCAUCAUCUUUUGAAGAGCUGAGUGAUGAGCUGAAAGAAAAGGUUUUGAAGACCAAAGGAGAGGUGGAAGCAGAGAUGGCUGGCGUGUUGAAUUCAAUGGGUCUGGAGCUUGAGGCUGUGACACCGAAUGUGAAGGAUGUUGCUGAGCAGAGCUUUGUUCCGAGCGAAAACAUUCAAGAAAGAGUUGAAAAGCUGAACCAAGAGAUCAGUGAGAAGAUUGAGGAGGUGGUGAGGACACCAGAGAUCAAGAGCAUGGUUGAGUUGCUGAAAGUGGAGGCCGCAAAGGCGAGCCAGAGUCCGGGUGACGCCAAAGUGAGUAGUCAGAAGAUCGAGACUCUUGAGCAGCAGAUCAAGCAGAAGAUUGCAGAUGCUUUGAGUAUGUCAGGACUGCAGGAAAAGCAAGAGGAGCUUGAGAAGGAGCUUGCAGUUGCAUGUGAAUUAGCUGCAGAGAAAUCAGAGAGCCUGAAGGAAGAUGAUGAUGAUGAUGACGAUGAAGAUGGUUCAGAAUCUGAGAAACCAGAGAUCAUUAACUCCAGCUUCACCUGAAACCACAAAACAAGACAUUGUUUGAUCAUGAAGCUCUUUUCGACUGCAUUGUGAAGAAGAGGCUUUUUUUUUCUAGAACUAUCCAAGAUCUGACCAAAUAGCAAAGAGAAAGAAGAAGAAGAAGCUCCAAGGGAGGAACCAUCAACUUAGAAGCCUGCUUUCUUUUAGUUUUAGCUUCUGGAUUGAUCAAGGGUGACUUUUGUCUUUGAAUUCAUUUCUUGUAGUAUUUGUUAUGUCUUCUUGUUUCAUCAGAACACUAGUUUUGUCGUUUUGAGUCGAGUCUCACAUGACAAUAUGUAACACUUUUCACUCUGCUGUUCAAAACCUUUGAUAAUAUUUUUAAUUUUAUUUGAAGCAAAAAAAAAAUAUAUGUGAAGAAAGUUUAGGUCAAA